AUGGCUUCAGGCGAAACCCCGACGCUGUUCACGCCUAUCAAGGUUGGCAACGUCCAAUUGAAGCACAGAGUCGUUCUUGCUCCGCUUACUCGCUUCCGCGCGGACGAGAACCACGUUCACACGGAUCUGGCCGUCGAGUAUUACAAGCAACGCUCCAGCACGCCUGGAUCUCUUCUCAUCUCGGAAGGGACCUUCAUCUCACCUCAAGCUGGCGGCUAUCCUCAUGUACCCGGAAUAUGGAAUGACCAGCAGGUUGCCGCAUGGAAGAAGAUCACGGAUGCAGUGCAUGGGAACCAGUGCCACAUAUUCAUGCAGCUUUGGGUGCUAGGAAGAGCGGCCCCUCUGGAGAGUCUUCGACAGGAAGGACCGUACGAUGUUGUUGGAGCAAGCGCUAUCCCGAUCAACGAUGAACAUGCAACUCCAAGGGAGCUUACUGUGGAAGAGAUCGAGGAGUACAUGAAGUGGUUCGCACAUGCGGCAAAGAACGCCGUGCGUGCUGGCUUUGAUGGCGUCGAGGUUCAUUCAGCGAGCGGGUAUCUACCCGAUCAGUUCCUGCAGACCAACUCGAACCGGCGGACGGAUAAGUACGGAGGAAGCAUCGAGAACCGCAUCCGCUUCAUCGCCGAAGUCAUCGACGCGAUCGCAACGGCCAUCGGUCCUGAGCGUACGGCCUUGAGACUUAGUCCUUGGUCUACCUUCCAGGGCAUGCGCAUGACAGACCCGAAGCCGACGUUCAGCGCUCUCGUGAAGCACCUCAACGAACACCACCCGCGCUUGGCGUACAUCUCCCUAGUCGAGCGCCGCGUCGAUGGUCCGGAAGACAUCGGAGACAGCCCGGAUGAGAACAAUGACUUUAUCCGGGACAAUUGGCCAUCGCGUCCUCUCAUCUUCGCGGGCGGUUUCACACGCGAGCUAGCAUUGGCCGCGGCGGAGCGGGAUAAGCAUGCACUCAUCGCGGUAGGACGAUACUUCGUUUCCAACCCCGAUCUACCCAAGAGAUGGGUGCACGGAGCUGCUUUGACCCCUUAUGACAGACAAGGGUUCUAUACGCGUGGGAUCGUUGCUGAGGGCUACACGGACUACCCGUUCUCUCCAGACCUGUAA